AGCAGGAACCCGGCGCGAUCCGCUAGGUCCCAGUCCCGCACCAAGCGAACCCGCGACGCGCCGGGGCCGGGCUGCCACCCGCCCGGAGCGCUGCGCUGAAAGUCCGGCCGCGCCGCCGGGGGACCGCCCGCGCUGCGCUGACAGCCGCGCCCGCGUCCUCCCCGGCGGGGCGCUCGCGGGACAUGCCCCCGGGGCACGGCGGCGGGGACCCCAGGGCUCGCCUCCGCCCAGGGCCCCCCGCCCCGCCCUCGGGCGCCCUGGGCCCCCGCUGAGCAAGCCUCCCGCAAGCCCGGGUCCCUCCGGCCGGCGCGCAGUCCGGCCCCAGCGCUGUGGGUCCCCGCCGGGCGAUGGGUUGAUGGGCGCCGGGGGACGCAGGAUGCGGGGGGCGCCCGCGCGCCUGCUGCUGCCGCUGCUGCAGUGCCUGCUACUCCUGGCGCCCGAAACUCGGGGCGCGCCCGGCUGCCCGGUCCCCAUCCGCAGCUGCAAGUGCUCGGGGGAGCGACCCAAGGGACUAAGCGGCAGUGCCCCUAACCCGACUCGCAGGAGGGUAGUGUGCGGCGGCGGGGACCUCCCGGAGCCUCCCGAUCCCGGCCUUCUGCCUAAUGGCACCGUUACCCUGCUCUUGAGCAACAACAAGAUCACUGUACUCCGCAAUGGCUCUUUCCUGGGACUGUCCCUGCUGGAGAAGUUGGAUCUGAGAAACAAUGUCAUCAGCACAGUACAACCUGGAGCAUUCCUGGGCCUGGGGGAGCUGAAGCGCUUAGAUCUCUCCAACAACCGGAUUGGCUGUCUCACCUCUGAGACCUUCCAGGGCCUCCCCAGGCUUCUCCGACUAAACGUAUCUGGAAACAUCUUCUCCAGUCUGCAACCCAGAGUUUUUGAUGAGCUGCCAGCCCUUAAGGUGGUGGACUUCGGAACAGAGUUCCUGACUUGCGACUGCCACCUGCAUUGGCUGCUGCCCUGGGCCCGGAACCACUCCCUGCAGCUGUCAGAACGCACACUCUGUGCCUAUCCCAGCUCCCUACGUGCCCAGGCCCUGGGCAGCCUCCAGGAGGACCAGCUCCGCUGCGAGGGGGCCCUGGAGCUGCACACACACGACCUCAUUCCAUCGCUGCGCCAAGUGGUAUUCCAGGGUGACCGGCUGCCCUUCCAGUGCUCUGCCAGCUACCUGGGCAAUGACACCCACAUCAACUGGUACCACAACCGGGCUCUGGUGGAGGGCAAUGAGCAGGCAGGCAUCGUGCUGGCCGAGAGCCUCAUCCAUGACUGUACCUUCAUCACCAGCGAGCUGACCCUGUCUCACAUCGGUGUGUGGGCCUCAGGAGAAUGGGAGUGCUCAGUGUCUACCAUCCAGGGCAAUGCCAGCAAGAGGGUGGAGAUCGUGGUGCUGGAAACUUCUGCCUCCUACUGCCCAGCGGAGCGUGUGGCCAACAACCGUGGGGACUUCAGAUGGCCUCGAACUCUGGCUGGCAUCACAGCCUACCAGUCCUGCCUACAGUAUCCCUUCACCUCGGUGCCUCUGAGUGGAGGUGCCCCAGGCACCCGAGCCUCCCGCCGCUGUGACCGAGGUGGCCGCUGGGAGCCGGGAGACUACUCCCACUGUCUGUACACCAAUGACAUCACCCGGGUGCUCUACACUUUUGUGCUGCCUACAGGGGCACUGAGAACAGGGGCCCUGAGAGGCAGUUCUGGAACAGAAGGAACAAGAUGGGAUGGUUCUAUCUUCCCCAAACACCCCCAGAUGCCCAUCAACGCCUCCAACGCGCUGACCCUAGCUCACCAGCUACGAGUGUACACAGCUGAGGCCGCCGGCUUUUCGGACAUGAUGGAUGUGGUCUAUGUGGCUCAGAUGAUCCAGAAAUUUUUGGGUUAUGUCGACCAGAUCAAAGAGCUGGUGGAGGUGAUGGUGGACAUGGCCAGCAACCUGAUGCUGGUGGAUGAGCACCUGCUGUGGCUGGCCCAGCGUGAGGAUAAGGCCUGCAGUGGCAUCGUCGGUGCCCUGGAGCGCAUCGGGAGUGCUGCGCUCAGCCCUCACGCCCAGCACAUUUCUGUGAACUCGAGGAACGUGGCACUGGAGGCCUACCUCAUCAAGCCGCACAGCUAUGUGGGCCUGACCUGCACAGCCUUCCAGAGGAAGGAGGUAGGCAUGUCAGGCACACGGCUGGGUCCUGGCCAGAACGCCCCACCUGAGCCUGACCCCUCUGCUGAUGAGCAGCUGCGCUUCCGCUGCACAACUGGGAGACCCAACAUUUCUCUGUCGUCCUUCCACAUCAAGAACAGCGUGGCCCUGGCCUCCAUCCAGCUGCCCCCCAGCCUGUUCUCAUCCCUUCCGGCUGCCCUGGCUCCCCCAGUCCCCCCAGACUGCACUCUACAACUACUCGUCUUCCGAAACGGCCGCCUCUUCCGCAGCCAUGGCAAUACCUCCCGCCCUGGAGCUGCUGGGCCUGGCAAGAGGCGCGGCGUGGCCACCCCUGUCAUCUUUGCAGGAACCAGUGGCUGUGGCGUGGGAAAUCUGACCGAGCCGGUGGCUGUUUCACUGCGGCACUGGGCUGAGGGGGCCGACCCUAUGGCAGCUUGGUGGAGCCAGGAGGGGCCUGGGGGCUGGAGCUCCGAAGGCUGCCAGCUCCGUUCCAGCCAGCCCAACGUCAGCUCUCUGCACUGCCAGCACUUGGGCAAUGUGGCUGUGCUCAUGGAGCUGAGUGCUUUUCCCCGGGAGGCAGGGGGUUCUGGGGCUGGCCUGCAUCCAAUUGUGUACCCCUGUACAGCCCUGCUACUGCUCUGCCUCUUCUCCACCAUCAUCACCUAUAUCCUCAACCACAGCUCCAUCCAUGUGUCCCGGAAGGGCUGGCACAUGCUGCUGAAUCUGUGUUUCCACAUGGCCAUGACCUCUGCCGUCUUUGCGGGAGGCAUCACACUCACCAACUACCAGAUGGUCUGCCAGGCGGUGGGCAUCACACUGCACUACUCUUCCUUGUCCACACUGCUCUGGAUGGGUGUGAAGGCCCGAGUCCUGCACAAAGAGCUCACCUGGAGGGCGCCCCCUCUGCAAGAAGGGGACCCAGCCCCACCUGCUCCCCGCCCCAUGCUCCGGUUCUAUUUAAUUGCCGGAGGGAUCCCACUCAUAAUCUGCGGCAUCACAGCUGCCGUCAACAUCCACAACUACCGGGACCACAGUCCCUACUGCUGGCUGGUCUGGCGUCCAAGCCUUGGCGCCUUCUACAUCCCGGUGGCUUUGAUUCUGCUGAUCACCUGGAUCUACUUCCUGUGCGCGGGGCUACAUUUACGGGGUCCUCUGGCACAGAGCCCAAAGGGAGGCACCAGUAGGCUCUCCCUGGAGCCAGGGGAGGAACUGAGGGGUUCCACCAGACUCAAGAGCAGUGGUGCCCUCUUGAGUGACUCCGGUUCCCUUCUGGCUACAGGGAGCGCAGGGGCGGUGACACCCGGGCCCCCGGAGAAUGGUGACCGACUCUAUUCUCCGGGAGUCCAGCUGGGGGCGCUAAUGACCACGCAUUUCCUGUACCUGGCUAUGUGGGCCUGCGGGGCUCUGGCAGUGUCCCAGCGCUGGCUGCCCCGGGUGGUGUGCAGCUGUCUGUAUGGGGUGGCAGCCUCAGCCCUGGGCCUCUUUGUCUUCACGCAUCACUGUGCCAGGCGCAGGGAUGUUAGGGCCUCCUGGCGCACCUGCUGUCCCCCUGCUUCACCCUCGGCCUCUCAUGCUUCACCCCGAACCCUGCCCGCCGCCCCAGAAGACGGUUCCCCAGUACUGGGGGAGGGACCCCCUUCCCUCAAGUCCUCCCCGAGUGGCAGCAGCAGCCACGCACCACCGCUGGGCCCCUGCAAGCUCACCAACCUGCAGCUGGCCCAGAGUCAGGUGUGUGAGGCGGGGGUGGUGGCCCACGCGGAAGGAGAGCCAGAGCCCACGGGCUCCCGGGGAAGCCUCGCUUCCCGCCACCCCAACAACUUGCACCAUGGGCGCCGGGUACACAAAAGUCGGGCCAAGGGGCACCGCGCGGGGGAGGCUGGUGGCAAGAACCGGCUGAAGACCCUGCGCGCGGGCGCGGCGCCCGGGGCGCCCGAGCUGCCAUCCAGCGAGAGCGGCAGUCUGCACAACAGCCCGUCCGACAGCUACCCGGGCAGUAGUCGCAACAGCCCGGGCGCUGGCCUCCCGCUCGAUGGCGAGCCCACGCUCACGCUGUCAGAGGGCAGCGACACAAGCGCCGCGCCGCUCCCCGAGGGUGGGCGGCCGGGCCAGCGUCGCAGCGCCAGCCGCGACAACCUCAAGGGCAGCAGUGCGCUGGAGAAAGAAAGCAAGCGGCGCUCGUACCCGCUCAACACCGCCAGUCUCAACGGCGUCCCCAAGGGGGGCAAGUACGACGACGCCAACGUGACCUGCGUGGAGGCAGCCGGGGGCCGCUGCAUGAAGACUGGCCUGUGGAAAAGCGAGACCACCGUUUAGAGCAGAGCGGGCAACGCUUUAGGUCAGCCAGCCACUCCUCUAGGCCCUUAAGACGUCUACCAUAUGCCAACAGGGUUGACGUCGUACUUGAGCUCACCAGUUAGUCCUGAGGCUAACUGAGGAAGGUAAAGGGACCAAUAUAUACCACUUGCCUGGAGGGUCAGCCCUCUGUGAUGGCGACAGGCAAUCCAGAAACGUGCAUGAUUCAUUCACGUCCAGCUGUUGGUGCUCUCCCAGAUAGGACAGGAAAUCCCAUCAAUCUAUGGAGUGGCCCACAGAGUGGAAGGGCCCAGCCCAGGUGGGCUCCUUCCUAAGUACUGCCAUCCAUACUGCCUUGUUGGCAGUCACCAGCCUUGGUGGUAGCUGGGAACUGCACUCUCUUCUCACUGCCCUCAGCUUGGCACCAGGGUCAUUGCCUAGAUCCUGGCUUCUCCCCAGGUUUGGCUCAGGGAGUCACCCUAGCAGGUGAGUCAGGUGCCAGGUCCAGGGGAGUAACAGGUGCUGCUUUUCAGAUUAACUAUGCAAGGAGGGAAGGGGAGGUAGCAUGAAAGGCAGUCCUGGAGAUUAUCUAGUCCUGAGGGUGGGGGACAGGUGGAAGGGUGCACAACUGGGUACAGACACCAUUCACAGAGUAGGACACAAAUCCUGCAGCAAGCUUAAAUGGUGCCUCCUCAGAACAAAGCCCACACCCUACACCUGAUGACAUGAGGAAAGUGGAGGAAGCUGGUACUUGGAUCUGGGCAUCUAUAAACAAUGCUCUGAAGAGCUGCUCCACUCUAAAGCUGCAGGUAGUGUUUGGAAAGAUGUACAGAGCCAUCUGGUCUCAACCUUCCAAUUCCAAGGGAAAAAGGAAAAGUCCCUCCUUGCCUCUGUGAGGCCACAUGGAAGGACAUCCUGAUAAUUUGAUCUCUAACUCCACAGUAGGGAGACACCUGCAAAAUGCCAAACCAGUUUCCCAACUCAGAAGCCCAAACCAAGCCUUCAGGCAAUUGUUAGGGUCCCUGCCUUCACUACUUUAAAACCCCAGAACCUAUAUUUUUCCCAACCUAAAAGUAACCACCAGCCUUUUACUACAGGAUCACAGGGAACCUUGGGCCUUGUAAAAAUGAAUAGGAACCCAGGUCUGGUCCAGAUUCCCUACCAAUCAUGUCACCCAACCUGAUCAGAUGAAAGUGGACAUAGGGAGGGGAGAAACCCAUGCUCCUCAAGAUGGUCCUGUUAUUUAUGCUUGCUGCACAGACAAUACUAGAAGAAAAAAAGAGCUUUGUAUUAUUCUUCCACAUAUGCUGGCUGCUGUUUACAUACCCUGCCAAUGCCUUAGCACUGGAGAGCUUUUUGCAAUACGCUGGGGAAAGGGGAGGGUGGGAAUGAAAAGUGCCAAAGAAAACAUGUUUUUAAAAGUUUGGGUUUUAUACAAUAGAAUGUUUUCUAGCAGAUGUCUCUUGUUUUAAUAUAUUAAAAUUU